AUGGCUGCACUGGGCCGGGGCCUCGGCCUCCUCCUCCUCGCCGCCCUUUUCCUCGCCGUCGCCGGUGCCGCCUCUGCGGCGCCCGGCGGCAUGUCCAUCAUCUCCUACAACGAGGAGCACGGCGCGCGGGGGCUGGAGCGGACGGAGGCGGAGGUCCGGGCGCUCUACGAGCUCUGGCUCGACGAGCACGGCCGCGCCUACAACGCGCUCGGCGAGCACGACCGCCGCUUCCGCGUGUUCUGGGACAACCUCCGCUUCGUCGACGCGCACAACGAGCGCGCCGGGGAGCACGGGUUCCGCCUCGGGAUGAACCAGUUCGCCGAUCUCACCAACGACGAGUUCCGCGCCGCCUACCUUGGCGCCCGGAUCCCCGCCGACCGGAGUGGAACCGCCGUCGGGGAGAGGUACCGCCAUGGCGGCGCCGAGGAGCUGCCCGAGAGCGUCGACUGGAGGGAGAAGGGCGCCGUUGCGCCCGUCAAGAACCAGGGGCAAUGCGGAAGUUGCUGGGCUUUCUCUGCAGUAAGCUCAGUAGAGAGCAUUAACAAAAUUGUUACUGGUGAGAUGGUGACGUUGUCCGAGCAGGAGCUUGUAGAUUGCUCUACUGAUGGAGGAAACAGUGGCUGCAAUGGUGGGCUUAUGGAUGCCGCCUUUGACUUCAUCACAAAGAACGGAGGCAUUGAUACUGAAGAUGAUUACCCUUACAAAGCUGUGGAUGGAAAGUGCGACAUCAACAGGAAAAAUGCCAAGGUUGUGAGCAUUGAUGGCUUUGAAGAUGUGCCUGAAAAUGAUGAGAAAUCAUUACAGAAGGCAGUUGCUCACCAGCCAGUUAGCGUUGCCAUUGAGGCUGGUGGCCGGGAGUUCCAGCUUUACAAAUCGGGUGUUUUCAGCGGAAGUUGCACCACAAACCUUGACCAUGGUGUCGUCGCCGUCGGUUAUGGCACUGAGAAUGGCAGGGACUACUGGAUUGUCCGCAACUCAUGGGGUCCAAAGUGGGGUGAGGCUGGUUAUAUCCGUAUGGAGCGGAACAUCAAUGCCACCACUGGGAAGUGUGGAAUUGCUAUGAUGGCAUCCUACCCUACUAAGAAGGGCGCAAACCCUCCCAAGCCAUCUCCAACCCCUCCAACACCGCCUCCCCCAGUUGCCCCUGACCAUGUCUGCGAUGAGAACUUCGUCUGCUCAGCAGGCAGCACCUGCUGCUGUGCAUUUGGCUUCAGGAACAUCUGCUUGGUCUGGGGUUGCUGUCCGAUUGAAGGUGCCACCUGCUGCAAGGAUCACGCUAGCUGCUGCCCGCCGGACUACCCUGUCUGCAACAUUAGGGCUGGAACUUGCUCAGUGAGCAAGAACAGCCCACUGAGUGUGAAGGCCUUGAAGCGCACCCUCGCCAAGCUGAACACCGCAUGA